AUGGAGGACGGCUGGGGCGAUGUGCUCGCCGAGGUCGCGGGUGAGCCUCACCCGCCGCCCCGCGGCCCCGCGGGCGCCGCGGCCAGAGGGCCCAGUCGGGCAGCCGCGAGGUCGGUCGCGGCGGCGGGCCGCACCAACGCCCUGGCCCUGCCCCUGUCGGAGUCAGUGAGGCUGCCCACCGUGCCGAGACACAUCGUCCAAUGCACGGGCAGAGGCUCGACAGAUCAGUGGCCGCUGCUCCCGUAUGUUCGCGCGGCAGCGCUCACGAUCGAGCGCCAGAGAGUAUCAGACCAAGACGUGCCAGCCAAGCUCAACCGCAUGUUGAUGGAUUCGUCGUCCGAGCUGGCUGGCCGAACCACGUCAAAGGCAUCGAUCCAGGAUUCGAUCGGCGUGACCCCUGGGAGCUACACAGAGUACGUGAUCGUCUUGGCCAACACCAUCGUACAUUUCGAGCGGGACCAGAAGCUUGCGCUGGAGUGCUAUUUGGCAAAUACGGUCCCCAAGGAGAACUUGCUCCACUACGUCGAGGCGGUCAAGUACGACGAGACCCCGAUGAAGCUGUCAGUGAACGAUUCGUUCCAAGCACGUGGUCGUGGUGCAGUGGGCUCUUCCGAUCAGCAGCAGCAGCAGGUGGCCGUGUACCACAUGGAUCGAUCUCGACAGUGGGGGAAGCCGAAGUUAGAGAGAACUGCCAUCAAGCUGCUGCAGAGCUCGUCGAGGUUCGGGUACCUUCUGAGGACCAACGCGGGCGAGUACGUCUGCAUCGUCGGCGCGCCCAUUGCUCCGCUCCAGUGGCUGGAUCGGAACGCUGGGGAGUGUCUUCGAGAGGCGGACCAACGUCGCACCACAGCUGUUGGACGGGCUGCUAAGGACUUUGCGUGCAAGACGCGCGUGUCAGUCCUGGACGGCGCUGGCCCGAACGCCCGCUGCGAGGCGCAGGUCGGGGUUGACCGACGAGGCGACGGCUGGGGCAAGAUUGGUUUCACAUGCUCCAUACAUUGCCUCGCGAACGUAUUCACGCACACCUUCGACCUGACGGGCUCCGACGUGUCUGGCCAGAUCAAUUUUGCACUUGCCGUCAACGAGGGCUCGGGCUUCUCUUCUUUCUGUCGGAUAUUCCGUGCUGUGGUUCAACAGCGGGACCGAGAGCACGUCGACAUAUGGAUUCCCGAGGGCAUCGACAUAGACGAGAGCGAGAUCAAGAAGUCGGUGUCGGAGGCUUUGGAGGUCUUCCUCUUGGGAGCUCGAUUCACCCGGUGGCCGAGGAGCAGGUGGACGGGGUCCGGCGUUGCCAUGGACGAGUUCAUCCUACUUGACGGCAUUCACGGAUUGGGCUCUGCUGUCUGGGCUAUCUGGGCGAAAGAGAUGGCUCGGGGCUCCAAGAAGAGACCUCGGCUGGGCGAUGGCGGGGCUCUGCCAGCUGCUGCCGCUGCGCCUGCCGCCGCCGAUGGCGGCGAGGGCGGCGCCGCAGAGGCUGCGGCUGCCAGCGGCGGCGAUGGGCAGGGCCAUGGAGAUUUCAAUGCAAAGCGGCUGGAGAAUGAGUACCAUCGUAGCACCGCUGGAGAUUGGAUGGACACGUCGCCGCUUGACAGAGUGGUGAUCAUUCGGCAGGUGCUGGAGCCUUUACGUCGGACGAUGGAUUGGCACCUCGAGGUCGGCGGCAAGCACUGGGAGAUCAAGCAGAGGGGCAUGGUUGUCCAGGCUGAGUCCACGGGCGCAGCCAGUUCGACGAGCAGGACGUGGCCGAUCGUGGAGGCUGCGCUUGGCACCCCUGCGCGCGUCUUCAAGGCUGCGUGGGACCCUCUGUUUCGCGAGCACGUGCUGUGGAAGGACCUCGUGCAGCCGUCGGCGAUGACUCGGAAGGCGCGCGCCCUCGCGUUCAAGCUUCUUUCGAGGUCUGAGUGCCAGGUUCGGGAGGCGUUCACCCAUCGACAUAGCUUGCUUCCGACUCGCAUCUUCGCCAUGAUCGUGGACCCAGCCGUUGCGCAGGAAGUGAGUGACCUCCAGGAUUGCCGCAUGGACAGCUGGACGAAGGACUUCGUGCUGCGACACAAGGACGCGGACGGAGGCUUGUCGAACCCAGCUGCGAUCGCAGAGUUGAACCUGCUUGCCGCCAUGAUCGACUUGGACAUCAAGGCUAUCGAGUCCCGCCACGCCUCGAUCCGCAGGCGGCUGAUGGUCAGGGGAGUGCAGACCCACUCGGCAACGUUCGCGGAGUCGUCGGCCGAAUGGGUGGUUGCCCAAGCUCGUUUAUCAGGCAGGGCAUUUCGAGCAGUCGGUGAGGGGGGCGCGCCAGCAGGUGGUGGCGAUGACGCAGGGGGCCCUGGCGGGCCGCCAGGCGAGGAGGCUACCACCACUGUCAGGGGCACGGUGUCUUCUUGGCAUGCUUUCCUGAGGGAGCAAUCCCUUGGUCAGACUGGCCGCCAGUGCAUCGCCGCCUUGAGCGCUGCGUACCGCGCUUUACCCAGAGCAGAGGUGGCGAGGCUGGCUGCCGUCGCAGCCGCGGCCAAUGGGAACCCCCGUGCUGCGGAUGCACCUGGCAGCGCCUUCGGCCUUCGGUCCCGCGACCUUGCUCGCGCCCAGGCCAAGAGGCGGCUUGGGGCGUCUGAGCAGCAGCUCGUCGCGGAGGCUGUCGUGCCGACCAGCCGCGGGGGGAUGACUGACUUGGCAAUGCGGCGAGCAUCGGCAGACCCCAGCGCCACCGUGAACAUGGACUCGAUGAUGCGGGCUGCCCAGUCGCACAUGGUGAGCUUGCGCCGCGUGACCAAGACCGAGGAGCGAAAGAUGGCCGACGCGAUGGAGGCUUGGGAGUCGACUACGGGCGCUGCCCAGUGGGCAUCCAUGUGCAACAGUUUCAAGGGCGUGGCUGCUUUCCAGGUUAUGCGUUCUCCUAUGCCCUCGCACAUCGGCCAGAUGCUGGAGUUCAAGGCAAUCAUACACGACGACUGUGCCCCCGUAGACGUGCCCGUCCAGAAGAAGAAGUACACCUGUGCUCAGAUCGGCAUGUGCAUAUGUUGCCCUGAGGCCGAUGUCAUCAAGAAGUUCCGCAGGCGCUUCUACUCCGAGCUGAAGGGCCUCUGCACCGAGGGGUCGCCCGAGCGGAAGCUCCUGGACGAUUCCAGCUUGGUCGUGCGACUGCACGGCAUCAAGGCGGCUGUCGUCGAUGGCUGGGGCGUUGUGGCAGCUGGCCUCUCUGGCGACGACCCCGACGGCGUGGACGCCUACGUGUGGUGGCACAUCGGCUCCCACGAGUUCAGCCCCUACUGCUCCAACUUCAGGCCGCUCGCCUUCGUCGAGCAGGAGGCAGUCGGCGGCCAG